GGCGGAGCGCCCGGGACGCGGCUCGUCGGGACGCCACUUGCAAUGGACUGCGCGCGGGUGCUCAGUCGAGGGCUGCGGCCCAGGAAGCUGUGCAGUUAUUGCAUUGGGGUCCACUGCAGUCGUCACCGGCGCUGGCUCCACGGGGAGCCCUCGCUCCGCUUGCUGAGCGCGCCUGUGGGGGCUCUUGGCAUCUCCAGGAAAUGCCGGUUGCAAUGGCCGAGCGGUCAGGGCUUGCUCCGCGCAAGUGAUCUCUCUCGGCACUUGACUACAGAGGUGUCCCAAGCUACUUUAGCCAGCGUGGCUCCUGUAUUUUCUGUGAUGAAAUUUGACAAAAAUGGCAAUAUAAGCUCAUAUGAAAGAAAGAAAACAGAAUUGUACCAGGAGCUGGGUCUUCAAGCACGAGACCUGCGGUUUCAGCAUCAAGUGAACAUAUGGCCCAGGAACAACAGGAUUAUUUUGAGAAUGGAUUUUCUGAAGGCAGUGAUAACACCAGAAUUCCUUCUAGUUUUAGACUAUCGCAAUGCAAAUAUGGAAAAAUGGCUACGCCAAGAACUGGCUUCUCAGCUGGCUGGGGAAGGCCAGCUAGUUACCUAUUCUUUACCUUUUGAAUUCAGAGCAAUAGAAGCAAUACUUCAAUACUGGAUCGGCUGUCUGCAUGAGAGACUUAGCAGCUUGCAGCCACAGAUACUUGAGACGUUGAAUGCUUUAGUGGAUCCUAAGCUUCUGUCUGUGGAUCGGAGUAAAGUUCAUGUUCUGUUACAAAACGGAAAGAGCUUGUCAGAGUUAGAAACAGACAUUAAAGUAUUUAAGGAAACAAUAUUGCAAAUCCUGGAUGAGGAAGAACUCAUAGAAGAGCUGUGCCUAACUAAAUGGACAGACCCACAAGUAUUCGAGGAGAGUUCUUCUGGAAUUGACCACGCAGAGGAGAUGGAGCUGCUAUUGGAGAAUUAUUACAGGCAGGCAGAAGAUCUUGCUAAUGAAACUCGUGAACUCAGGAUGUUGAUCGAUGACUCUGAAAGUAUCAUCUUUAUCAAUUUAGACAGUCACCGUAACGUGAUGAUGAGGCUGAACUUGCAGUUGACCAUGGGUACCUUUUCUCUUUCGCUUUUUGGAUUGAUGGGCGUCGCCUUUGGAAUGAAUUUGGAAUCCUCAUUUGAAGAGGACAGAAGAGCAUUCUGGCUGGUGACAGGAAUCAUGUUCCUCGGUAGUGGCCUCAUAUGGCGGCGCCUGCUUUCGUUUCUGGGACGACAUCUAGAACCUUCGUUACCUCCACCUAUCCCGACUUUGCUGAAAAGGACUCAUCUCGCAAACGGGAAAAUAGAAUUUAAAAAUGACUUCAGACCAGAAUCUCUUGGGUCAAGCAGAAGCACACUUGCCAACCAAUGAUCAGAGCUGUUUGGUUUUCGUUCAUAACUGUAGAUCCUUACCUGUAUUUUCAUAAUAAAAGUAUAGAAGUCUUUAAGAGCUGGCUUCAGGAUGUGCCAAAGAAGUACAACUAGAAACACCAAAAUGAGAAGAAUCCUACAGAACUUUGUACCACAGUAGGAAGACAUUCAAGCAAGUGAACCUAUGCAGGCUUAAAUUUCACUUUUAAAGUUGAUGCUUCUUAUUUUUUUAUUUGGCCUUCACUAAGGCUAAUAAUAAUAUUCCAUUCAAAUUGUUUCUAGUAGUUUAUUUUUACAUAGGAAGAAGGGGCAUUAUUUCUUAAAACCUUGCUUAUACCUGUUUAGUGUAUUUCUCCAUUUCCAUGUGAGAAGGAAAGACUGUCUCCUAUCCCUUGCUCAGAUGAUAUUCUUUAUUAUUACUCUGCUUCUAUCAUCAUUGAGUUACAAAUAGCUAGAUGACUCUGUUCCCUGUACAAAUAUGCAGGGACUCCUUGUUGGCUGUGUUCCAGCGGCCGCUGCUCCUUCAACUGCAAAUUAAUGCCCCUUUCAGGAAGACACCAGGAGUGGUGGCAUUUUGGAGACUGGGACCUACUACCUUCUGGAUGUUCAGGCUCCUGGCCAUAGAGAGCUUCUGUAGAGGACUUUUUAAAAAAUGUCACACUGAAGAGUGAAAUUGAUAAGAAAUUUGACAUGGUCUGGCAAAUUAAUGCUAGAUCAGGGGGGGAGGGGGAAGCAGCAGACAACCUCCCCAAGUGGAGGUUGCAUGGAAAUAACAAGGAAGCAGCAGGCAGGCAAAAUGGUGGAUCAGCUCAGCUAGGGACACUUUGCAAGAGAAUCUCUGCGCAAACACAAAACUGCUGAAAACCCCUGCUGUGAAGCAAACAGCCAUGAGGUAAGUAGUGCAUGCAUAAACGGCCCCCGAUUGGCAUGGGAACAGUGACCAAUAUUCGACACACCUCAACAGUGUUGACAUUCUGUCGGGAAAGGGAAGGCUGGAGUCAGUCCCUUCUAGUUCUCCGUUCUUAACAGCUGAUUGGUGGGGAUUUUAACUACCUUGGUAAACUGAUAUAAAUGCACUCCAUUGAACUGAGCACAGCAGAAGAACAGGCUUGGAGGGUUUUCUUAACUGGGAGAAACUCUUGUCAUACAUACGCUGAGGUGGCAGUUCUAAAUGACCCUAAAGUGCUACUCAAAAAGGGUCACUGUUUUAUUGUUUGCAUGUUGAUGUGGGACAGGCCAGCAGAAAAUCGGAUUGGUUUGUGAUUCCAAACAACAAUAUAGUCAUCAAUCACUAACCUAAGUAAUACACAGAAAAUCUGGAAAAAAAAUUGACUUGCAAAGAAAGGGAGAGCAUUUCAUUAAAAGUCAAAACUAUUUAUAGGGAAAUCUCCAAUAGGUCAUAACAUGCAACUUCUAAACCCAGCUGAGUUUAUGAUGCAGCGUAUGCAUCUUGCAGUGCUUUGUAAAUUCAAACUCUUAUCCAGUCAACUGUCAUAUGUGUCCUGAAAUAUAUGAUGCUUGGGAACAGACUACUGCCAUCAAGGGCCAAGCAGUUAUCACUUGCUCUGCUCUCUUCGCUGUGGAUUAGUUUACUGAUGGUACGUAGGUUUGUUAGAUAACAUAGGUUAAUAAUAAUCGUGGUAUCUAAUAUAUUGAUUUCGCCAUGGUGGGCCACUUUGACUCUGCACUUGGUAGAAAAAAAUGAACGUUGAAGGCUCAAAUAAAGAAAUAGUGACCUGGGCUGAGAAUUGCCAUUGUCUGUAUAUUAAUGAUUUAAAUUCUCAUAGAAUGAGAGAUGCAGGCUGGUCAGUUGUCAAUUCCUAGAGGAAGAGCCCAUUUUACAGUCCUGUUCCCAUCACUCCAAAUUGCACAGACACUGGUGAGACAAAGAAAUAAUUACUUUGCAAAUUCUUGGACAUGGACCAUUGGAAUAUAGAUGAAGGAAUGUUUCCCUUUCAGAUCAGCACUGAAAAAAUCAGCAGGUUGGGGUGGGAUAUAUACUAUUGCUUUCAGAAUUUAUUUUCUGUGUCAACCCAUGUGUUAAAGCUUCAUUUGGAUUUUUUCCUCCAGAGAAUUAAAUGUAUUGUGCUGCUCAAUAAAGAUUUAAAUUAAGACUCUA